CGUUACGUUCUUCCUUAUCACCUGGAAUCACCGGGAAAAGAAUAAAAAGCCUCGACACGUUUAUCUCAGGACUUUUUACAAGACAGCAGCCUCUUCGUCACUUCAUCAUCUUCAGCAGCAAAGAAGCCGCGCCAUGUUGCCUCUGCUCGUUUUGAUGCUGUGCCUGAACGCAGUCCUGUCGGCCAUAACCUCCGACCCAACGCUGGAUCAGCACUGGGAGCUGUGGAAGAACCGCUACAAUAAAACCUACAAUCAGAGAGAGGAGGGCUGGAGGCGAACGGUGUGGAAGAAAAACCUGAGGAAGAUCGAGCUGCACAACCUGGAGCACUCCAUGGGGAAACAUUCCUUCACCCUGGGGAUGAACCACUUUGGGGACUUGACUAACGAGGAGUUCAGGCAGAUGAUGAACGGCUACAAACCCAGAGCAGAGAAGAAGGUCAAGAGGUUGUUGUUCACAAAGCCCAACUUCCUGAAUGUCCCUUCAUCUGUGGACUGGAGGGAGAGCGGCUACGUCACACCUGUCAAGGACCAGGGUCAGUGUGGCUCCUGCUGGGCUUUCAGUGCCACCGGGUCCAUGGAGGGCCAGCUCUACAGAAUGACCAGCAGACUUGUGUCUCUGAGUGAGCAGAACCUGGUGGAUUGUUCUGGACCUGAGGGAAACUAUGGCUGCAACGGUGGGUGGAUGAACAAUGCCUUUCAGUACGUUAUGGACCACGGAGGUCUGGACUCAGAGUCUUCCUACCCGUACGUGGGAGAGGACAUGCCAUGCAGCUAUGAUCCAAGUUACAGCGCCAUCAACCUGACAGGAUACGAUAACGUUGUCAGUGGCAGCGAGGAAUCUCUGAUGGAGGCCGUGGGCUCUGUGGGGCCAGUUUCCGUUGCCAUUGACGCUGGUCAUAUAUCUUUCCAGUUUUACCAGUCAGGCAUCUACUAUGAACCAGAUUGCAGCAGUGAGGAUCUGGACCACGGCGUGCUGGUGGUGGGUUACGGCACAGCGCAAAAUCUUCUUUCUGAAGAAAAUUACUGGAUCGUCAAGAACAGGUAA